AUGUCAGCUGCACUGGACGAGCGGCAUGGCUUCCUGCAGAGCUUCACCACGCUGCUACUGCGGGUCCAGCUGGACAAGUGGAGCAAGUUUGUAGGCAGCGAGGAGGCUGCAGCCGUGCUGGAUGAGUUCUUCAAGCAGCAGGACGUGCUGGAGCUGGUGCUGGGGCUGAAUCCCUCCGGGCAGCUCCUGCCGACCGCCUGCUUCCCACCCGCCCUCAGGGGCAAGGGUGUCUACUUCGUGAAGAAGAAGAGGGAGAACAUCACCCGGGAUAACUGCCGGAGUGGGCUGCUGGUGGGAGACAUCAGCCCCUCACCAGUGGAGCAGCUCAUCACCGUGGUGGAGGAGGUCGUGUCCCCCCUGCUUCUGAGUGAGGAGAACAUGGUGGGCUGGCCCAGGGUGGUGGUGGAGGACAUCGUGCGACAAGCCCACCAGCUGAAGAACAAGAUGUUCGUGAUGGGCGGGAAGAUUCAGGGGAAGCCGCUGCUCCCACUGCCAGAGCACCUGGAUGGCCAGGACGACUCCAGCACCGUCCUGGACUGCCUGGCAGGGCUUGUGGACGUUUCAGUACUGCACUCCAUCGAGACCAUUGUCAUCGAGUGGUCCCACCAGGUCAGCGACAUCCUGAGCAAGGACUCGGCGCAGCCGCUGCUGGAGGGGCUGCACCCCCUGCCCAGGGCAGAGUUCGAGUUCUGGCACACCAGGAUGGUCAACCUGCAGUGCAUCAACAACCAGCUGCUCUCGCCCCGAGUGACGACGCUGGCUGAGGUGCUGGAGAAGGCCAACAGUUGCUACUGGCCAGCACUCCAGAGCAUGUUCAGGGACGUCAGCGCCGGCCUGGAGGAAGCCAAGGACGUCAGCCUCCACCUGCAACCGCUUCGGAUCCUGCUGGAAGAGAUGGAGCAAGCGGAUUACUCCCAGCUGCAGCCCUACGUGGACAGGGCGCUGUGCACCGUCCGCCUCCUCCGGGCUUACUGCCAGCACUACAGCUCACCCGCCCGUGUCAUCGUCGUCCUGCAGGAGAUCUGCAACCUCCUCAUGGAGAUGAGCCGUAACUUCCUGAGCCCCGAGGACGUGAUGAAGGGGCUGCAAGGAGAAACCGAGGAGACCUUAGGGGGAAUCAGACUGAGCAUUUCCACCAUAGAGAAGCUCUUCCAGUCCUACAGCACUUACUGCUCGGACCUGAUUCCCACGUUGUUCCCGGAGGAGUCACAGCUCUGGGAGUUCUCCCCUUCCCUCAUCUUCAAGAGAACGGACUCCUUCUUGCACAGGCUGAAGACCAUUGAGGAGCUGUACCAGACAGCUAUCGAGUUUCUGAAGCUGGAGAAGGCAGAGCUGGGGGGAGUGAGAGGAAACAUCCUCGGGAGCCAGGCAUUUCAGAUCUACGAGGAGGUGUCUGAACUCAUCAAGGGUUUUGCUGAUUGCAAAUAUGAUCCCUUAGAUCCCGCAGAAGAGCAAUUGAACAAAGACUUUGCAGAGUUCCAGGAGAAGAUUCAGGACGUGGACAGGCGACUGGCCACCAUCUUCUGCCAAGGCUUUGAUGACUGCAACAGCCUGGCAUCUGCUGUGAAGUUGGUGCACAUGUUUGCCUCCCUGCUGGAACGGCCUUUGAUAAAGGCUGAGGUUUCCCCCUGUUACUCAGCCCUGCUGGGAAUGUUCAGCGCCGAGCUGGAUAAUGUGAAGGCGCUGUAUGACACCCAGACCACUUCCCCACUGCCGUGCAGGGGGGGCCCGCCCAUCAACAAAAACAUGCCGCCGGUGGCCGGGCAGCUGAAGUGGGCUCUGGAGCUGCAGCAGCGGCUGGAGGGGCCACACAGGGACUUGUUCGCCAUCAGCCACCCUGUGAUGGUCAGUGCUGAAGCUAGACUGGUGUCUGGGAAGUACGAAGAAAUGAUAGGACUGCUGCAAGGUUACCGUGAGAAGGUCUACGAGGAGUGGGUGUGCGGAGCCGGCCAGGACUGCCACUUCAGCCUGGAGCAGCCCUUGAUCCUGAGGGACCCCAGCUCUUCCCUCCUCAGCGUGAACUUCAGCAAAGAGCUCGUCGCUGUUCUGCGGGAGGUGAAAUACUUGAACUUCCAGCAGCAGAAGGAUAUCCCAGGCAGUGCUGAGAGCCUCUUUGCUCAAAAUGAGACUUUCCAAAAGUUUGUGGACAACCUGGAUCUUAUCGUUGGCUGGUACAAUGAGGUGAAGCGGAGACUGCUGCCGGUGGAGCUCCCACUGGUGGCGGGGGAGCUGGAGGCCAUGGAUGGCCAGCUGGCCAGCGCAGAGCACACCCUGUUUUGGAACCAUGAAGGUGUCAUGGAGUACAUCCAAGAGAUGAGAGAGAUCUUGUACGACUUGCAGACCAGGGUCCAGAAAGCAAAGUUAAACAUGGAAAAUAUCACCCAGCUGAUGGAGGAGUGCUCAGCUGCUCCCUUGUUUGAAAGGAAAGACAACAAGGAGGCAGCACUCUUGGACCUGGACGGGAAAGCAAACACCUUAACCAAGCGCUAUGCUGCCAUUAGGGAUGCAGGCGUAAAGAUCCAGGAGAUGGUGGAGGAGAAUGCAGAUCUGUUUAAGGCUGAUAAGUCGUCGCAGAUAUGGCUGGACUAUGUGGGAUACAUAGAUGGAAUCGUGCUGGAUGGACUAUUCAGACUUGUCCACAAAUCUCUGCAGCUGCUGCUCACCAACAUGGCCCCUGACGCCAAUGUGGCCCCGUUGUUCGAGGUGCGCAUGGAGCUGUGCGACGGCAGAGUGCGGUACCAUCCCUCGCUGGAGGCGGGAGAUGACAACAGCUUCUUGGAGCUGGUGGAGAGCCUGCUCAGCGAUACCUACGCAUCUGCGGCAUGCAUGCCUCGGCUGCUGGAGGGGAAGCUGAGCUACAAGGUCAGUCCAUGGCGGGUGGCACCUCCCAGCUUGGCCGGAGGUGGCCUCCAGGAGCUGGAGGAUUUCAUCCAAGAGGCAAACGCUGGCUUGAGUAAACCUCUGGAGGAGGGAGACUAUGACGGGCUGGUGGAGGUGAUGGGGCACCUGAUGAGGGUCAAGGAGAGGCAGGCGGCGACUGACAGCAUGUUUGAGCCCCUGAAAGAGACAGUUGCCUUGCUCAGCACUUACGGAGAGGAGAUGCCGGAGGAGAUCCACCUGCAGCUCCACGACCUCCCCGAGCACUGGGACAGCACCAAGAAGCUCUGCCUGCGCGUCAAGCAGAGCGCGGCGCCCCUGCAAGCCAACGAGGUCAACAUCAUCCGCAGGAAGUGCCAGCAGUUUGAGGUCCGGCAGCACGCCUUCCGGGAAAGGUUCCGGGAAAAAGCCCCUUUUUUGUACACUGACCCAGACCCCUACAUGUCCUUGAACAAGCAACACAAGAGCAUCGCCGCCAUGGAGAGCGACAUGGCAGCCCUCUCCAAGUCAGCUGGGCUGUUUGAAGUGUUGGUCCCAGAAUAUAAACAGCUCAAAGCAUGCCACAGGGAGGUGCGCUUGCUGAAGGAGCUCUGGGACAUGAUCAUCCUGGUUAACACGAGCAUUGACGACUGGAAGACCACCAGGUGGAAGGAUAUCAAUGUUGAGCAGAUGGAUAUCGAUUGUAAGAAAUUUGCUAAAGACAUUCGGAGCUUGGAUAAGGAGAUGAGAAGCUGGGAUGCGUUCACAGGGCUGGACAACAGUGUGAAGAACAUGAUAACGUCCCUGCGCGCCAUGAACGAGCUGCAGAACCCGGCCAUCAGGGACCGGCACUGGCAUGAGCUCAUGCAGGCAACCAAGGUGAACUUCACCAUGUCUGAGGACACAACCCUCGCGGAUCUGCUGCAGCUGAACCUGCACAAGUUCGAGGAUGAGGUUCAUGGCAUCGUGGACAAAGCCGUGAAAGAGUCGGGGAUGGAGAAGGUGCUGAACACUCUGGAUGCUACCUGGGCAACGAUGCAGUUUGAGCACGAGCCUCAUGCCAGGACCGGCAUCAUGCUGCUCAAGUCAGAUGAGGUGCUCAUCGAGAUGCUGGAGGACAACCAAGUGCAGCUGCAGAACCUGAUGACCUCCAAGUACCUAGCCUUCUUCCUUCAGGAGGUGUCGGGCUGGCAGCAGAAGCUGUCGACCACCGACUCCGUUAUCAGCAUCUGGUUUGAGGUGCAGAGGACGUGGAGUCACCUGGAAAGCAUCUUCAUCGGCUCUGAAGACAUCCGCAGUCAACUGCCAGAGGACUCGAAGCAUUUUGAUGCUAUUGAUCAAGAUUUCAAAGAAUUAAUGGCCGAUGCGGUAAAAACUCCCAAUGUGAUUGAAGCUACAAACAAGCCUGGUCUUUACGACAAGCUAGAAGCGUUGCAGAAAAGAUUGGCACUCUGUGAGAAGGCUUUGGCUGAAUACCUUGAGACCAAAAGACUGGCUUUUCCCAGAUUCUACUUUGUUUCCUCUGCAGACCUGCUUGAUAUUUUAUCUAAUGGGAAUGAGCCAGUUGAGGUGUCCCGUCAUCUGCCGAAGCUGUUCGACAGUCUGGCUAAACUGAAGUUCAAGAUGAGUCCGGCCAGAAAGCCCCUGAAGGUUGGCCUGGGGAUACCACGCUCCAUAAACUGCCGUGGGAAGUGCCCUGUUGAGGUUUGGCUGAACCGAGUGCUGGUGAGCAUGCGCUCCACCCUGCGACGCCUGAUCCCCGAGGCCGUGGUGACCUAUGAGGAGAAGCCGCGGGAGCAGUGGGUGUUCGACUACCCGGCACAGGUUGCUCUGACGUGCACCCAGAUCUGGUGGACCACAGAAGUUGGCAUUGCCUUUUCAAGGCUGGAGGAAGGCUAUGAGAACGCAAUGAGGGAUUACAACAAAAAGCAGAUUACUCAGCUAAAUGCACUGAUUUCACUACUCAUUGGAAACCUAACUGCAGGAGACAGGAUGAAGAUCAUGACAAUCUGUACCAUUGAUGUCCACGCCAGGGAUGUUGUGGCCAAAAUGAUCCUUGCGAAGGUGGAGAGUGCCCAGGAGUUCACCUGGCAGUCCCAGCUCCGGCACCGGUGGGAUGAGGGGAGGAGGCACUGCUACGCCAACAUCUGCGACGCUCAGCUCCAGUACUCCUACGAGUACCUGGGGAACACCCCCCGGCUGGUCAUCACCCCCCUGACGGAUCGGUGCUACAUCACCCUGACGCAGUCGCUCCACCUCUUCAUGGGGGGGGCCCCCGCCGGCCCCGCGGGCACAGGGAAGACGGAGACCACCAAGGACCUGGGCCGGGCAGUGGGCAUGAUGGUCUACGUCUUCAACUGCUCCGAGCAAAUGGACUACAAGUCCUGCGGCAAUAUCUACAAGGGGCUUGCUCAGACCGGCGCCUGGGGCUGUUUUGAUGAAUUCAAUCGCAUUUCAGUGGAGGUUUUGUCCGUGAUUGCUGUGCAGGUGAAAUGUGUUCAAGAUGCAAUUCGCGCCAAGAAGAAAACAUUCAAUUUCCUUGGAGAGACCAUCGCUUUGAUCCCGUCGGUCGGGCUGUUCAUUACCAUGAACCCUGGCUACGCAGGACGGACAGAACUGCCUGAAAAUUUAAAAGCUCUGUUCAGACCCUGCGCCAUGGUGGUCCCCGAUUUUGAACUGAUCUGUGAAAUCAUGCUUGUUGCAGAAGGUUUUAUUGACGCUAAGCUUCUAGCAAGAAAAUUCAUUACUUUGUACACACUCUGCAAAGAGUUACUAUCUAAACAGGACCACUAUGACUGGGGUCUGCGGGCUAUCAAGUCUGUGCUGGUGGUAGCUGGCUCCUUGAAGAGAGGGGACCCUGGCCGUGCCGAGGACCAAGUUCUGAUGAGAGCUUUACGAGACUUCAACAUCCCCAAGAUCGUGACAGACGACUUGCCCGUCUUCAUGGGGCUGAUUGGAGACUUGUUCCCAGCCCUGGACGUCCCCAGGAAGAGGGAUCUCAACUUUGAGAAGGUCAUUAGGCAGUCCAUGCUGGAGCUGAAGCUGCAGGCAGAGGAGAGCUUCGUGCUGAAGGUGGUGCAGCUGGAGGAGCUGCUGCAAGUGAGACACUCCGUCUUUGUCGUUGGCAACGCUGGCUGCGGCAAGUCCCAGGUGCUGAGGUCGCUCAACAAGACAUACAAAAGCAUGAAGCGGAAGCCGGUCACCAUGGACCUCGACCCAAAGGCUGUGACCUGCAAUGAGCUGUUCGGGGUUAUUCAUCCGUCCACGCGAGAGUGGAAGGACGGUCUGUUUUCUUCAGCGAUGCGUGACCUGGCCAACAUCACACAUAAAGGGCCCAAGUGGAUCAUCCUCGAUGGAGAUAUUGACCCCAUGUGGAUCGAGUCCCUGAACACGGUCAUGGAUGAUAAUAAGGUUCUCACCUUGGCCAGCAACGAGCGCAUCCCCCUCAACCCCACCAUGCGGCUCCUCUUUGAGAUUAGCCACCUGCGGACCGCCACGCCGGCCACCGUGUCCCGGGCGGGAAUCCUCUACAUCAACCCCACAGACCUGGGCUGGAACCUCGUUGUGACCAGCUGGAUCGAGACAAGGACGGUGCAGUCCGAGAAGGCCAAUUUGAUGAUCCUCUUUGACAAGUACCUGCCGGUGUGCCUAGAGAAGCUCAAGUCUGGAUUCAAGAAGAUCAUCCCUGUCCCUGAGAUCACGGUGAUACAGAUGGUGCUGUACCUGCUGGAGUGCUUCCUGACGCCGCAGACCACCCCGCCGGACUCGCCCCGGGAGCUCUACGAGCUCUACUUUGUCUUCGCCUGUGCCUGGGCCUUCGGCGGGGCCAUGUUCCAGGACCAGCUCGUGGAUUACCGCCUGGAGUUCAGCAAGUGGUGGGUGAACGAGUUUAAAACCAUCAAGUUUCCUUCGCAGGGGACAAUUUUUGACUAUUACAUUGAUCCGGAAACAAAGAAAUUCAUGCUCUGGACUGAAAAAGUGCCAAAAUUCGAACUCGAUCCCGAAGUCCCUUUACAGGCCUCCAUGGUGCACACGACGGAGACCAUUCGCGUGCGCUACUUCAUGGACCUGCUGAUGGAGAAGCAGAGGCCGGUGAUGCUGGUGGGGAAUGCGGGGACGGGAAAAUCGGUCCUGAUGUGGGACAAGCUCGAAGCGCUCAGCGCAGAUGAAUACCUUGUGCAGUCUGUGCCCUUUAACUUCUACACCACCUCGGCCAUGCUGCAGGCUGUCCUUGAGAAGCCCCUGGAGAAGAAAUCGGGGAGGAACUACGGCCCGCCCGGGACCAGGAAGCUUAUCUACUUCAUCGAUGACAUGAACAUGCCGGAGGUGGACAAGUACGGCACCGUGGCACCGCACACACUCAUCCGGCAGCACAUGGACCACAGGCACUGGUACGACAGGAACAAGCUGACCCUGAAGGACAUUCACAACUGCCAGUACGUGGCCUGCAUGAACCCGACCUCAGGGUCCUUCACCAUCGACCCCAGGCUGCAGCGCCACUUCUGCAUCUUUGCCAUGAGCUUUCCCGGCCAGGAGGCUCUGCUGACCGUGUACAGCACCAUCCUCGCACAGCACCUGGCCCUGCAGAGGAUGCCGCCGGCUGUCCAGAAGCUGCAGCCCCAGCUGGUAGCAGCAGCGCUGGCUCUCCACCAGAAGGUUGCCUCCACCUUCUUGCCGACAGCCAUCAAGUUCCACUACCUCUUCAACCUCCGCGACCUCUCCAACAUAUUCCAGGGCCUGUUGUUCUCCACCCCCGAAUGCCUGAAAAGUCCCGUGGACUUGGUGCGUCUCUGGCUCCACGAAGCUGAGAGGGUGUACGGAGACAAGCUCGUCGAUGAAAGGGAUCAAAAAUGCUUUGGGAAGAUGCUGGCGGACACCUGCAGAAAGUUCUUUCAUGAACUCAGCGAAGACCUGGUGUUCGCCAAGCCCAACAUCUACUGCCACUUCGCCCAGGGCAUAGGGGAGUCCAAGUACCUGCCGGUGCCGAGCUGGCCGGCUCUGAACAAGCUGCUGGGGGAAGCCUUGGACAACUACAACGAGGUGAACGCGGCGAUGAGCCUGGUGCUCUUUGAAGAUGCAGUGUCUCAUAUUUGCAGAAUUAGUCGGAUCUUAGAGUCUCCCCGGGGCAAUGCUCUGCUGGUGGGGGUAGGAGGCAGCGGGAAGCAGAGUCUGGCGCGGCUAGCAGCAUACAUCAGCAAUCUGAACGUGUUUCAGAUUACGCUGAGGAAAGGCUAUGGCAUCUCGGACCUGAAGCUGGACCUCGCCUCCCAGCACAUCAAGGCGGCCGUGAAGAACAUCCCCACCGUGUUCCUGAUGACAGACUCCCAAGUUGCUGAAGAAUCGUUCCUGGUCCUAAUCAAUGACUUCUUGGCGUCCGGAGAGGUGCCGGGGCUUUUUCAGGAAGAAGAGCUGGAAAAUAUUAUCAGUGCCAUGAGGCCCCAGAUGAAGUUCCUCGGAUUGCAAGAUACAAGGGAAAACUGCUGGAAAUUAUUUAUAGAAAAAGUCAGGCGUCAGUUAAAGGUCAUCCUCUGCUUCUCCCCCGUGGGCUCAACCCUGCGGGUGCGGGCAAGGAGGUUCCCCGCCAUGGUCAACUGCACGGCCAUCGACUGGUUCCACGAGUGGCCGGAGGAUGCGCUCGUGUCCGUCAGCAGCAGGUUCCUGGAGGAAACAGGGGACAUCGAGGCCGAGGUCAAGGUCUCCAUCAGCCAGUUCAUGUCCUACAUCCACAUGAGCGUUAAGGAGAUGUCCAAGACCUACCUGGCCAUGGAGAGACGCUAUAAUUACACCACGCCAAAGACCUUCCUGGAGCAGAUAAAGCUCUACCAAAACCUGCUGUCAAAAAAAAGGAGCGAGCUCACCGCCAAGAUUGAGAGGCUGGAGAAGGGGCUGAUGAAGCUGCAGAGCACGACAUCGCAGGUGGAUGACCUGAAAGCCAAGCUGGCGGUCCAGGAGGCAGAGCUGAAGCAGAAGAACGAGGACGCGGAUAAACUGAUCCACGUGGUGGGCGUCGAGACGGAGGAGGUCAGCAAGGAGAAAGCCAUCGCUGAUGAGGAGGAGCUGAAGGUCCAGGCCAUCAACACGAAUGUGGCCGAGAAGCAGCGAGCCUGCGAGACCGACCUGGCGAAAGCGGAGCCGGCACUCAUAGCCGCCCAGGAGGCCCUCAACACACUCAACAAGAACAACCUGACAGAGCUGAAGUCCUUCGGGUCGCCGCCCCAAGCGGUGGUGAACGUGACGGCAGCUGUGAUGGUCCUGACAGCCCCCAGGGGCAAGAUACCGAAGGAUAAGAGCUGGAAGGCAGCAAAAGUGAUGAUGGGAAAAGUAGACACUUUCCUUGACGCCUUAAAGAAGUUUGACAAGGAGAACAUCCCCGAGGCCUGUCUCAAGGCGUUUCAGCCCUACCAGUCAGACCCCAGUUUUGAUCCGGAGUUCAUAAUGUCGAAGUCAUCAGCCGCGGCAGGUCUGUGCUCCUGGUGCCUCAACAUUGUUCGUUUCUACGAGGUGUUCUGCGAGGUGGAGCCCAAGAGGCGGGCGCUGGAGGAGGCCAACGCUGAGCUGGCGGAGGCACAAGAAAAACUCAGUCGCAUUAAGAACAAAAUCGCCGACCUGAAUGCUAACUUGGCAGCUCUCACGGCAGAAUUUGAGAAAGCUACAGCUGAAAAAAUCAAAUGUCAGCAGGAGGCCGAUGCAACCAACAGAGUCAUCACAUUGGCGAACAGGUACCGUGCAAACACUGGCUCCAGAAGCAGUGGGACUGUCUUCUGCUCCCCGGCAUUGCCUGCACACACAUGCUCGCCCCAUGCCGCGCCUCCCUCCCCUCUCGGCCGCAGCUAUCUGGACACAAUCGAGCAGGCGGUUUCCGAAGGACAGACGCUGCUGAUCGAAGAUGUUGGCGAGACAGUGGAGCCGGUGCUGGACCAUCUGCUGGGCAGGAACACCAUCAAGAAGGGCAGAUACAUUCGGAUAGGAGAUAAAGAAGUGGAAUAUCACCCGCGCUUCCGCCUGAUUCUGCACACCAAAUAUUCCAACCCUCACUACAAGCCAGAGGUGCAGGCUCAGUGCACGCUGAUCAACUUCUUGGUGACCCGGGAGGGACUGGAGGACCAGCUCCUGGCUGCUGUGGUGGCCAAAGAGCGGCCAGACCUGGAGACCCUGAAGGCAAACCUCACAAAGAGCCAGAAUGAGUUCAAGAUCAAGCUGAAGGAGCUGGAGGAUUCCCUGCUCGCCCGGCUGUCUGCUGCCACGGGGGACUUCCUCGGGGACAUGGCGCUGGUGGAGAACCUGGAAACAACGAAGCGCACAGCCAUGGAAAUUGAGGAAAAAGUGAAAGAAGCUAAAGUCACCGAAGUCCAAAUAAAUGUCGCUAGAGAAAACUACAGGCCGGUGGCAGAGCGAGCAUCCCUGCUGUACUUCAUCCUGAGUGACCUCAACAAGAUCAACCCCAUCUACCAGUUCUCUCUCAAGGCAUUCAACGGGGUCUUCGAGAAAGCCAUUCAGCGCACGGCCCCUGACGACGACAUCAAGCAAAGGGUGAUCAACCUGACGGAUGAGAUCACCUACUCGGUCUAUAUGUACACCGCACGGGGACUCUUUGAGAGAGACAAACUCAUUUUCCUGGCCCAGGUUGCUUUCCAGGUCCUGGCAAUCAAGAAAGAAGUGAACCCCGUGGAGCUGGACUUUCUUCUGCGCUUCCCUUCCAAGGCCGGCGUCACGUCCCCCGUGGACUUCCUGCAGUCCCAGGGCUGGGGUGGCAUCAAGGUGCUCUCGGAAAUGGAAGAGUUCAAGAACUUGGACAGUGACAUCGAGGGCUCGGCAAAGCGAUGGAAAAAGUUUGUGGAGUCCGAGGUGCCGGAGAAGGAGGUGUUCCCCAAGGAGUGGAAGAACAAGUCAGCCCUGCAGAAGCUGUGCAUGCUGCGGUGCAUGCGGCCGGACAGGAUGACCUACGCCAUCAGGAACUUUGUGGAAGAGAAGAUGGGGAGCAAGUUUGUGGAAGGAAGGAGCGUCGAGCUCUCCAAGGCGUACAAGGAGAGCAGCCCCUCCACACCCCUGUUCUUCAUUCUCUCCCCUGGCGUUGACCCACUGAAAGACGUGGAGGCCCUGGGUGAGCCGCUGCCCUCUCCUCAGCUGGCACCAGCCCACGAUGGCUGCGUGCUGCUGCUGUUGGGUGUCCCCAGCCCGAGCGGUGCCAUGUUGUGCUGCACCUGCUCUCUGUGGAACUACAGUAGGAAUCUGGGGGGGGGGGAAGAACUGAUUCCCGAGGUUAUACUUCAGCCCAAGCAGUACAGGAGGGUCCUGUUGCAGAACAUCCACCUGGUGGCCCGGUGGCUGGGCACGCUGGAGAAGAUGGUGGAGCAGUACAGCCUGGGUAGCCACACCGACUACCGGGUGUUCAUGAGUGCCGAGCCAGCCCCCAGCCCCGAGGCACACAUCAUCCCGCAGGGACUGCUGGAAAAUGCCAUCAAAAUCACCAGUGAGCCGCCGACGGGCAUGUAUGCCAACCUGCACAAAGCCCUCGACCUCUUCACCCAGGACACGUUAGAGAUGUGCAGCAAGGAAAUUGAGUUCAAAUGCGUCUUGUUUGCGCUCUGUUACUUCCACGCGGUGGUGGCCGAGCGGCGCAAGUUUGGCGCUCAGGGCUGGAACAGACCUUACCCCUUCAACAACGGUGACCUGACCAUAUCGAUUAACGUCCUGUACAACUACUUAGAGGCUAACCCCAAGGUACCAUGGGAUGAUCUCCGGUACCUCUUUGGUGAAAUCAUGUACGGGGGGCAUAUCACAGACGACUGGGACCGCCGGCUGUGUCGGACUUACCUGAGUGAAUACGUCCGUGUGGAAAUGCUGGAAGGGGAAGUGUACUUAGCUCCAGGGUUUUUGAUCCCUCCCAGCUUGGAUUACAAGGGUUACCACGAGUACAUCGAUGACAACCUGCCCCCGGAGAGCCCCUACUUGUACGGCCUUCACCCCAACGCAGAAAUUGGCUUCCUGACUGUCACUUCGGACAGGCUUUUUCGGACAGUUUUGGAAAUGCAGCCCAAAGAAUCAGACACUGGAGGAGGCUCAGGUGUCUCGCGAGAGGAAAAGGUGAAGUCAGUCCUAGACGAGAUUCUUGAGAGGCUGCCGGAGCCAUUCAGUAUGGUGGAGAUCGUAGCGAAAGCAGUGGACAAGACCCCGUAUGUCAUAGUUGCCUUCCAGGAAUGUGAAAGAAUGAACAUCCUGACCCGUGAAAUCAGGCGGUCCUUGAAAGAGUUAGACUUGGGACUAAAGGGAGAGCUAACGAUUACAUCGGAUAUGGAAGAGCUGGCAAACGCUCUCUUCUAUGACAACGUUCCUGAAUCCUGGACACGUUACGCCUAUCCCUCUCUUCUUAGCUUAGGAGCCUGGUAUGCAGACCUGCUCCUUCGGAUUAGGGAACUGGAAGUCUGGACAACGGACUUUGUGCUGCCUGCAACAGUGUGGCUGGCAGGAUUCUUCAAUCCCCAGUCCUUCCUCACUGCUAUCAUGCAGUCCAUGGCAAGAAAAAACGAAUGGCCACUGGACAAGAUGUGUCUUUCAGUGGAAGUGACCAAGAAAAACCGUGAGGAUAUAACAGCUCCACCCAGAGAAGGCUCCUAUGUGCAUGGAUUAUUCAUGGAAGGCGCUCGAUGGGACAUCCCUUCUGGUGUGAUAGCAGACGCUCGACUGAAGGAGUUGACGCCCAUGAUGCCAGUCAUCUUCAUCAGAGCCAUCCCUGUGGACCGCAUGGACACCAAGAACGUCUAUGAAUGUCCUGUCUAUAAGACACGGAUGCGAGGUCCCACCUAUGUCUGGACCUUUAACCUAAAGACAAAAGAAAAAGCUGCUAAGUGGAUCCUCGCCGCUGUUGCUCUGCUCUUACAGAUCUAAACUUUAAUGACUAUGGAAAACAGCAAAUGCUUUUACUUGCAAAAACACUCAAAGUUGUGUAACUUAGACUAAGUUUGAUUGUACCAGAACUAUUUUAGCAAAGUAUCAAUAAAAACAGUGCUGGAACUGC